AUGAAUACCUCCAACCAGGGUUCUGGCUUUGAUGACCAUGUCUGGAGUCAGCUUCAGAAUAUGUCUCACCAGUCAUCUCAAAGAGGACGAGGAGCACGCAGCAACUGGGGCGGCCGAGGUCAGGGUAGACACCAUCGUGGUGCUUCUCACUCCUCCCAUAUGAAUCAGUCCGCGUUCAUGAGCAACCAGGCUUCAUCCCAACUUCCUCCCACUACCGAUGAUUUCCCGCCUCUAGGCUCCGGCUCCAGCUCAGCGGCUUCCCUCAGAUCCGACCUGCCUUUCUCUGCGCCACAACCACCUCAGCUACACCCGCAACCGUUUGAUAGCGCACGUCAUGGCACACCCAGAGAAUACCAAGACCGUGCUAGAGGUGAUUUCCGGGGUCGUGGAGGUCGUUUCGGCCCUCAUGCACCCAUGCCACCGAUGGCGCCAGCGACCAUGACCCAACACCAUGGUCAUGGACGGCCAUAUCCGCGACAGACCAAUCUGUAUCACCCGCAUUCUGAUCUCUUCUAUGGAACAGCGGAGCAGCAACGUAAUAUGCGUCACAUUUUGAUGAAGCAAUCCGACUACCUAAGGGUUGUUGCCCGCGAUGCUCAAGAGCAACACCGACUUACCCCAGAGGAGGCUAGGCUAAAAGAAAACUUCCGUCGCGAUCUUGAACUAGUGGCGAGAGAGACCCUGGGCGCGAAGUACCCUGAACUUGAUGCAGACCAGAUCAAAUUGAAAUGCUACGGCAGUCUUGCCAACGGGUUUGCUUUGGCCAACUGCGACAUGGACCUCCUCCUGUUCUUACCAAGCCGGCAAGAUAACAGAAAAAGCAUGACUUCUCCACAGCCCGACGCGGAAGCUGAUGCAUAUGAAGACUCUGAAGACGAGGAACGUCUUUUCAAUGUUGAGGUUCGCCGCGUAUUGGAAAAGGCGUUUCUCGACAAAGCCUACGGCGCAAGAUUACUCACCAAUACUCGCGUACCAAUUCUGCGAAUCUGUGAACGUCCACCUCCUGAACUGCUUCACAAUCUUCGGGAACACCGUGCAGCGUGGGAAAAAUCAUCUUUCCAGUCCGCGCCGGAACUAAAUCUCACCGAAAUCAAUCAAGUAGGAAAAGCCUCACAAGAUCAGGUUCUUCAGGAAGAAGAUUCCGAAAAGAAUUCAAAAGAGGCUGGUGCACCUGACAGUGUCAAGACCAACGAAAUGCAAGACUCAAUCCCGACCGAAGUGGACGUGCUCGGCGAAGCCAUUGGGGGUCUGACGGUGGAAGAUGAAUCAUCUCAAAAGCCAGCAAAGCGCACCAAUCCGAAAUUGGAGUUUGUGGGCGACUGCGGCAUACAAUGCGAUGUCAACUUUACCAACUUCGUGGCCGAGCAUAAUUCACGUCUGCUUUGGACGUAUGCCAAGUUGGAUCCUCGUGUAGGAGAAGUGGGCACCUUUGUCAAAAUUUGGGCAAAGGCAAGAGAUAUCAACACUCCGUAUCGUGGCACACUGUCCAGCUACGGGUAUAUCUUGAUGGUUCUUCAUUAUUUGAUGAAUAUCGCAUCACCUCCCGUCCUUCCAAAUCUGCAAUAUCUAGCCAAGACUGAAGACAGUUGGUAUCCUGACAGAAAGAUCACACUUUUCGAAGGAUUCGAUGUCAGAUUUCUCCGUAAGCCCGAAGAGAUUCAACACUUGCAGGAAACGAACAGCAAGCCAAACAAGGAGUCAACACCGCAGCUGCUCCGUGGAUUCUUCAGAUAUUAUGCGACACGCGAGGGGUUCUUCUGGACUCGAGAUGUGAUCUCCAUCCGGCAGCCAGGCGGGAUCGUACCCAAGGCUCAGAAAGGUUGGACUGAAGCCAAAUGGGUAGAGGGCAGAAAUACAAAUGUUCGCUUGCGUUACCUACUUGCCAUCGAGGAUCCAUUCGAAAUUGAGCACAACGUCGCACGAACUGUGGGCCAUCAUGGCUUGGUCUCGAUCCGAGAUGAGUUUCGACGGGCGUGGAAUCUCCUUGAGCGAGUUGGCUUCGGAGAGCAGAUACCCGUCGAAGCUUUUCUCGAACCCGUGACAGACCGCGUUGACACGCUGAGGAAAGAUCAGGACUUCCAUCGGCAGAAACAGCUGCGACAGAUGAAGCAAGAUCUCGAGGACAAGGAAAAGGUGUUGUUAGAGGAGAAGGGCAGAGAUGACGUCGCUUCUCACACUGAUGGUACGUUAGGGACUUCCAUUCCAGGGACAACCCAGUCCACACCCUCUGAGGGCCAACGUCGGUCGUCAAACACGAAACUGACUUCGACCCUCUCAUAUCAGGCCCAGCUCAAGCGACGACAACCUUGGAGACGCAGGAUGCCAACAGCCGAUAGUGACAGCGAGAGCGAUAUUGAUGAUUCGUCAUCAGAGCAUAAAGAGAAGUCGGCUAUCUCACCAGGCGAUCAGUCUGAAAAGGAAAGUUCUCAAAAGUCCGAGGACAAGAAAAUGCCGCUGAAGCGGUUGGUCCAUGCAUCCAUUGGGGAUAUCCUUUUAGCCAAUGGCCGAGAUGCUUGGGGAAACCUGGUGCCUUGGGAUAUUGAUACUCAAGAUGGACGAUGGCUGCACUGGAGAGACAACAAGAUAAAGAAUGGUACAUAUCGUGGGUUUUCCAACCCCACUAUGCAGGAGCUGGAUGAGCAAUGCCCUUUCGACCCUCAACGACCGUCACCUUAUUCUGUGAAGCCAUAUGAUAACCACAUUGAGAAAUUUCUAUCUCAAGAUCAGAGACCACCCUGGCCUGCAAUCACUCCCGCUGAUUUUCCAACUACUAAUGAUCCCCGGACUCCCCCCUCGGACCUUGACGUUAGUUAUUCCAUCCGACGUAAAGGGCGGGAGUACGACCCCAGCGUCCAGACCAUUCCUACGCCAAAAGACGAUCAUUCGGUGGGAGGGUCAAUUCCCUGGGAUAGAACAACAAGAGGUGGUAGAUGGUUGUGCACUCGCGACAAACGGAUUCUGGACGGAACCUGGCGCGGGCCUCACCGGAAUAACUGGUACUCCUGCCUUGACGCUUCUUUUCCCUACAAUCCAAGUAUGACCUGGAAGGAACUAGAAGAGAGAAAUCAUUUACUCCGCUCCUACUGUGCUUCCCAGUUGUGGCCCAGCUCAACACCUGCUCGUCUGGCAUUGAAGGCUGCUGCAGAGGAAGUCAACGUCGCCUACUCCGCCCCAAGAAAAGAAUCUCUACGCAUGAUCCCGGCGCAAGUCCUGCUAAAUCAUCAUAACCGUCAGAUUCGUGGCCCUGCUUCACUGGACUCGGCUCUAUCUCCUUCAGAAAUCCCUUCGAAAAAUUGGCAUGUCAAGCCAGGAUCCUCACAUAGCGCUCCUCAAGCUAAAGAUGCAGCAUCAACGGGCGCCAUCAGUUGCAGUCAAUAUGACGACACACGCGCCUCUCCAAAGAUUCCAUACAAUGACAAUGAAAGUCCAGAUCAGGAUGCUCUUCGAGCUCGGAGGCUAGCCUAUUUCGCAAAGCAAUUCGCUACCCCCGAAAUCGAUGUAGAUCUUGAAGCAAAGGACCGCAGUCACCACGAUGCACGAGAACAAACGUUUGCAGAAGUGCAACUCGAGUCCAUGGCCCCGGCAGCAAGUGGUCAAGGGUCUACAUAUCCUCAUCUGGGUACCAGUCUGGUCCUAGCUGUCAAUGGCCACGAAAGUGCUAACCGUGAACGCUCCGAGUUUGAGGAUGCAGUGGGCGCCAGGCACAGUUGCAAGAAUGGAAAUCUCAAAGACAAUCACAAAUGCUCUGAGCUUCGAGUCCCAUCCACCUUGCUUCCGAACAUGGACCGAAACGAGCGGCAAAGGGACGAGGAUCCUGAUAUUAUACCUAUCCCACGUAAACUCGGCUUCCAGUUCGACCCGCGACAACUACAAGACCUCGCCGUCAUUGCGAAAGGCGGUAAUGGAUGUGCUAGACAAGGAGAGGAGUUCAACAUCGAAGAUGAAUACGAAUGGGGUGGCGGAGGUAUGAUGGGUCGCCGAACAAGCACUGCAUUACCAUAUCUGAGUAGCGGUACGCCCUACGAACCAGGCAAAGGCGACGAAGAGGGGCUGCUGAAUGAAUUGCCAGGAGAGAUUGAUUGA